GCUGCCGCUGAAUAUCUGCCGGAAGUACAAAAUGCACUUUGAAGCGUAAACACGUGUUGUGGACACUGGGGAAAGACAGCCGAGCUCUUCCUGGUGUAUUAGGCACCUAUAAUGGAGUCACCGCUUCCUCCUCGCGAGUCCGGUCAGUUUGUGGCAGAGAGGAGUCUGGAUGUGUUUGUUGAGGAGGCAGGAGUUCGGGCGGCAGCAGAGAUGCUCUACGCCCUGCGGCACAGCGAGGAUCUGUCUGCCAGUGGCUGGAAGAAGGCGAACCCUCUGGCCCCGGAGCCCUGCUCUGACCAGGCCCUUAACUGGGUGUUUGUGGUGGACACCAUGAACUUCUCCUUUUGGCCGGAGAAAGAGUCGCAGCAGUGUGAAGUGACUUACAAAGGGACGACGUACACCGGCUACAUGACCUUAUGUGCUGCCAUAACCAGAGCUAUGGAGGAAGGUAUACCCAUCACGGAUCCUGAGUACUUUUCACAGAUCAGCAUGAAGGAGCUGGAACACGUUCUCCGGUCAGACAAUGAAACUCCCAUGCCAAUGCUGAAGGAGCGCCACCAGGUACUGACCGAAGGCGGCCGUGUGCUGCUCCAACAUGGCGGCACUUUUCAGAGUUUUAUCAGCCGAGCUGGGAACGAUGCCCAGAAAAUGGUGGAGCUAAUAGUGGAGAAGAUUCCCUCAUACAGGGACGAGGCCACGUACCAGGGGAAGCGGAUCGCCUUCUACAAACGUGCCCAGAUCCUUGUGGCGGACUAUUGGGGGACCAUGGCAGCCCGAGGAGAGGGGCGGAUGGCUAACAUGGACUGGAUCACCAUGUUUGCUGACUACAGAGUGCCCCAGGCUCUGGUCUACCUCGGCGUGCUGAGGUACUCUGAUGGACUCUUGCAGUCGCUGAAGAAUGGUGAGCUGAUAGGUUCAGGAGACCAAAGAGAAGUGGAGAUCCGAGGUUGCUCCAUUUGGGCUGUGGAGAAGAUCAAAGAUCUUCUCUGUAAGCUUGUUCAGGACAGAGAUGGACAAGCGUGCCACGUCAACUCAGCCAUCAUCGACUUUUACCUGUGGCCCUACGCCAAGAAGCACCACAAAGAGAUGGCUCACAUCCCGAUUCACCACACUCGCUGCAUCUACUACUGACUGGGUGUCGACAUGGCGCUCUGACCUCUGUACAAGUGAAUUGGCAUCAAAUUGUUUCUUGUUUACGUGUCAUCUGUUAACAACUGAAUCUCCUCAGAAGAGGAUUAAUAAAGUAUUAUUAUUAGUGUAAU